CACGAUUCGCAGGGAUAUCGGUGCAGGUAGAGCAAAGAUAAUCAACAUUCAAGUAGAUCGUCUUAAAAAACGCUCUGUCCUUUCCAUCCCGUCAGAUGAUGAAGGGUUGUGUUGCGCAAAAGCAAUCGUAUAUGCCCUAGCUUAUCUUGAGCAAGACAAGUCAGCGCUUAAUUCUCUACGGGAUCGGAGACGAUCUGUUCUAAUGCUACGAGCUCAAGAAUUACACAAGUGUGCUGGAGUUCCUCUUGGUCCUUGUACAUACACUGAAAUCUGCACAUUUGAAAAUCAUCUAAAUAUACAAAUCGUAGUAAUAAGCAGUGAAAAUUUAAAUAAAGUCUCGUAUAAAGGAAGAUAUCGAACUCGUCGCAUUAAUUUGUGGCAACACAAUGGCCAUUUUGAUUGUGAAAGAUUGCGAAAAUUGUGAAAAGCCAUAUGACCGUCCAGAAGAUCACAGGUGUGACAAUAUGUGCCAUGUCUGCCUAAGAUUUCAAUGCGUUCCAGCAUUGCCUAAAAGAUGUAAAGAUUGUGAUCGCCUCUGUCAAUCUGAGGACUGCUUUGCAGCGCAUAAAGCCGUCACAGGUAGACAAGAGCAUUCAGUAUGCGAUAGGAUGUAUCAGUGCAGACAAUGCUCAAAAGUUAUCAUGCGACGGCAGUGUCCUAAAAUUUUACAUCGUUGCGGGACUAUCAAAUGCCCUUCGUGUAAAGAGUAUGUUAUAGCGUCAGAACAUCAUUGUUUCUUACAACUCAUUUCUGCGAAAAGUCCAUCCGAUAAAUUAAUUUUCUUUGAUUUCGAAACUGACCAAUCAUCAGGGGAACACAUCGUAAACUUUGCUGUAGCGCAGUACAAAGAUGGCCAAGUGAGUGAGUGA